AUGAGGUCUUCUUCUCUUGUCGGUGCCAACUGGGUCUCUACUCUUUUGUCUGCACUAGCUACGGGAGCUCUGGCACAGAUAUCGCCUUCGCCAAGUUCCCCCUCGCAAUCUCCGACGUUGGUUCGCCUCUGCACAUCUAGUGACAUCGCCAACAUGAACGUGCUUAACUGCGCAUGUCCAUCAGAUUUUCCGCCUUUGCCAAUGGCCUGCAAGGCAAACAGUAAGGCCUGUACUCAAACUUGCAAAGGAGGGUCUGUGACGUCUAUCGCCGAACUAGACGUAUGUGGUGCUGGCUGCGUAGAUGCCAACAACGAAUGCAAUGGUUGCUAUAUAUGGUUCUCUGGACUUUGCAAUUGCCUUCAACAAAUCCAAGAACAAAAGCAAACCAGUUGUAUUUCAUCUUCAAACCUUACUCCCGGUCAAAAAACCCCGCCAGUAUGGAUGAUCAACGCUGCACACGACCUAAUGACCACCACCUAUCUGAUCCCCGGAAUCUUGCAAUUGCACCAAAUUCCCGACUAUUGGGUUGGAUUUAAUCUCGCACAGAACACAGUCCGAAAAAGUGGAGCAAAUGCUGGAACUCUGGCUAUCAACUCAGUAACCAGCCGCACGGAAGAACAGAUCCACAUCCAUCUCUGCAGCAAUGGAAACCAAAACGUUCGCAACGUGCUAAAUGGUCUAGAUCCCGCCAAUUACAAAGCAUUGGCGACGGUGGAUUUGUCAAAAGCUAUGCCAGGCUCUGCUAUGCAGUGUCGGAUAGCGUCACAGAAGGAUGCCAAUAUCGACCAAGGAGGGGAUAUUCUGAGCUAUCUCCAGAAACUUGAUAAAGACCAAGGACCCGACAAUUGUGCUCAAUAUCACGUCGGUUCUGGGUAUAUGGUCGAUAAGAACGGUUUUUCUUGGUCUUGUAUCACCACCUCUGGAUCGGCGGAGAAGAUUUUCUGUUAA